AUGGCAUUCUGUGCUGCAUCAGGAUCCAUAAGUCAAGAAACUGUGAUGCCUAGAAAUCUCCUCUUGGAUUCUCCUGAAAUGGCAUCUGAAAUCUCUCCAGAGCACACCCUUGGGAGCGUGGAGAAUCGUGGCAGCCAAGCUAGGUGCAGAAAUUCUGCCUUGGAUGAUGAGAGUCUGAAAUACUUAACUCACGAAGAACAGGAUGUUCUCAUGUUCUUUGAGGAAACCAUCGAUGCCUUAGAAGAUGACUUGGAGGAGAUGGCUCUGCGUGACAGUGGCAUCCACUGUCAGUCUCCAAGGUCCACAGAAGAAAAUGUGUCCAGUCAUUCAGAGACUGAAGAUAUCAUCGACUUAGUACAGUCAACACCUGAGAGUAGUGACCAUGAAGGACCUUCUGGCAGAGAUACAGAACCAGUGUUGGAUUGUACCCGGACAGCAGAGAGCCCUAAGCCAGCUGUACCUGCUGACAUUCCCCCACAUCCCCCUGUACCACCACCUUCCAUGUCUGAGAUGCUUCCUCUGCCUCCUCCACUCCCUCCUCCAGUGCAGCACCCAAAACUGCUUCGUUCUGUGCCCACUCCACUCAUCAUGGCCCAGAAGAUGUCAGAGCAGCAGGCAGAGAGCAGAGCACGAUUCCCCAGCGCCCUCAAGGAAGGGAAUUCAGACAGAAAGAAAGUCCUGGUAGCCAAUGGUGAUCAUUUCUCUGCACCAAAGCACCCUCCUCCACCUGCACCCAAACUGCACAAGUUCCCAAGCAACAUCAACAUAACGAAUGUCAGUGGCAAAGAAUUCAGUGAGACGAUUUCCAAAGCAGCGGUUAACGUCCAGGAGCGCCGAGCUCAGGUGCUGGCCAACAUCAAUGGAGGAGCUUUUCUGGCAGCUGAGCUGGAGGAGAAGCUGCGCAAGAAUGAUUUCUUGUCACGGAGCAGAAGUUCUUCCUUAAGGGAUCUCUCCUCUGAGCAAACACGACAUGAGGCCCUGACAAAACUUGGCCUAGUUAAGGGAAAGCCAGCUCAGGACCAAGUGGACCAUGCCCCUUGUACUCAGCAGCUUGAUGUGCAGCCCAAACAGGCAGACACUGUUCCCAAUGGAUAUCAAAACAUCCAUGAGAUUUUAAAAAGUGAGCCCAGCCCUUUCCUUCCUAUGGGCAAAACUGUAACAAUCAAACCUGAGGUAGCUCUUGCUGCUAACAAGGUCAUCAGCACACAGCAGAGCACAGAAAAAGGUUGUAGUGAUUAUAAACAACCUGGCCUAAACUCAGACAUGAGGAGGAGAGCAGGUUCGCUGCCUAGACCUUCAGGAUUUCGAUCCCAAGGAAUAACGGUGAAGUUUUCUGGCCGUGGCUCAACAGAAGAGGCCAGGAGAGAGGCACUUAGGAAACUGGGACUGCUCAAAGAGACUGCCUAA